UAAAUAUCAAGAUUCUAAUUCAAGAUGGAUGAAAUCGCCCCCGAAUAUGAUGUUGUCGUUUUGGGCACUGGUUUGACGGAAUGUGUUCUUUCUGGAGUUUUGAGUGUUAAGGGUCAAAAGGUCUUGCAUAUUGAUCGAAAUGAUCACUAUGGAGGUGAAGCUGCUUCCGUCAAUAUCGAAGCUCUCUUCAAGAAGUAUGGAAACUAUAAUAAGGGGGAGGAGCCAUGGAAGAAGUACGGACGUGCCAAUGACUGGAAUAUCGAUUUGGUACCAAAGCUCUUGAUGUCUUCGGGUGAACUCACAAAUAUCCUCGUUUCAACUGAUGUUACGAGAUAUCUUGAGUUUAGAUCUGUGGCUGGAAGUUACGUACAACAAGGUACUGGCCCAAAGGCCAUGGUUGCAAAGGUUCCAUCUGAUGCUGGUGAGGCUUUGAGAUCAUCUUUAAUGGGCAUCUUUGAGAAAAGAAGAAUGAAGAGUUUCCUUGAGUGGAUUGGCACAUUCGAUGCUGCGGAUCCUGCUACUCACAAGGGACUUAACAUGAGCACCUGCACCAUGAAGGAUAUUUACGACAAAUUCGGACUCGAGACUGGUACUCGAGACUUCCUUGGCCAUGCUAUGGCUUUAUACCAAACCGAUGACUAUAUCAACGAGAAGGGCACAGCUCCAGCAACCAUCGAUCGCAUUCGUUUGUAUGGAAACUCAGUCGCCCGUUACGGAAAGUCCCCAUACAUUUACCCAGCAUACGGUCUCGGUGAACUCCCUCAAGGUUUCGCUCGUUUGUCUGCUAUUUACGGUGGUACCUAUAUGCUUAAUGCAAGCAUCGAUGAGUUCAAAUAUGAUGGAGAUAAGAUCUGCGGUAUCAAGGCUUCCAUGCAUGAGAAGGAUGCUCAAGGAAAUGACUCCACCAUGCAUUUCGAGACUAAGACAAAGAAGAUCAUCGCAGACCCAUCAUACUUCCCUGACAAGGUCCGCGUUGUCGGUCAACUCUUGAAGGCUAUUUGCAUCUUGAACCACCCACUUGCUGGAACAGAUAAUGCUGAUUCUGCUCAACUUAUCAUUCCUCAAUCUCAAGUAGGACGCAAGAACGAUAUUUACAUUGCUGUCGUUUCCAGCGCCCAUAGUGUUUGUCCAAAGGGUUACUACAUCGCCAUUGUUUCCACCAUUGCUGAGACCGAUUCAAACCACCAUUUGGAACUUGCGCCAGGUCUUGAGCGUCUUGGAAAGAUUGAGGAGAAGUUCAUGGGUCCACCAAUUCCUCUCUAUGAACCACUUGAAAGCGGCGAGAAAGACCGUAUCUUUAUCUCUAAAUCUUACGACGCCACAUCCCAUUUUGAAACUACUACAGACGAUGUUAAGGAUAUCUAUCGCCGGGCUGAGGGACAUGAUUUGGUCGUCGAGGGUUUGAGAGAGGGUACUAAUUUGGUUGGAGGGGAGCAAUAA